UUUUAAAAUCUUCCUUCCAACGUCAAAGAAAAAAACUCAUACAAAAACAUAAACAUUGUUUUUUGAGGACAAAGUGCAAUUAAAAAUACGAAAAAUACUCAAGAAAAAGACGUUUAUUGUUCUGUGGAAAAUUAAUAUAUUUAAUUGUGAAUAAUUGUUAAGUUACGGAGAAUCUUUUGCGUUCAUUUAAUUCAAGUGCCAGGGUUAAAAUAGUUGAGUUUUGGAGAUUGAUUGCCAGACACUUCUGGAGAUUAGAUUAGGUGCCUAAUCUGUGUGAUAACUCAACUUUAUUGAAUCCCAUGGUGUACAGGGUAGUGUCUUUGUUCCGGAGAGUCAUCCAGUGUGGUCUGAGAAAUUCGUCUGGUCAGAAAAGCCACUCACGAGCGUUGCAGAGUCUCUCUCUCGCCAGAAUUCCCAAGACUUUCAGGGGGAAAACUUGGUCUCCAGUGCUGAUAGCUUUUUCAGUCUUUGGGUACUCUUUCGGGUCAGGUGGCAAGGAGGACGUCAGUGAGAAGGAGACAUCAAGUAUGUCGAGUUCGGUGGAAGAGCUAAUCCCUCAGUCGGAUCAGUAUUUCGAUGAGAAUAAGUACAAGGAAGCUUAUGAAGUUCUCCUGAAUCAUCCUGAGCGAGAUAGCAAUGUUGAGGUUCUCUGGCGAAUCGCUCGAGCUCAGUACAAAGCUGCCAAGGAGAUGACCAACAAAACGGAGAAAGCAGACAUGCUCCGGAAAGGUUUUGAGUUCAUCCGGAGAGGCCUGGAACUCGAUGAUUCCCACUAUGCCGUUCACAAGUGGUACGCUGUCCUUUUGGAUGCCAAGAGUGAGCAGGAUGGGAUGUGGGAGCGAGUGAAUCAACUGCACAAUGUCAAGCAUCACAUGAUUCGUGCCACCGAAUGCAAUCCCAGCGAUCCCACGAGUUGGUGGAUCCUGGGAUGCUUCGAAUUUGGCAUUGCUGACAUGUCUUGGUAUGUGAUGAAGCUGGUGCAGAAGAUUCUCAAGGAACCUCCGACGGGCACUUAUGAAAAUGCCCUCGAGUGUUUCCUGAAGGCUGAGAAUCUGCAGCCAAUGUUCUACACUACGAAUCACCUUUGGCUCGGAAAGUGCUACACUGCUCUCAAGGAUCCCGAAAAGGCCAAGCAUCAUCUCAACAUUGCUGCCACAACGCCAGUUAAAAAUUACGAUGACAAGAAAUGCCAGGAAGAGGCUCUGCAACUCCUCAAGAAAUUAUGACGACAGUCAGCUGCUGAAAGGUGGUUCUCUUCUCGCUAAAUUAUUUCCAUAUUGACAAUUGGGGGAUUGGGUUAAAAUUUUACCAAGUGAUAAAAGGUAUUUUGUACAAGUCACAAUAAAAUAAAUAAAUUUUCUUUAAUAGUUAAAAAAA